AGUUGUUUUCGUCUCGAACACCGGUCGCGCUGUCAUGCGGCCGGGGGUGCUUUACAGAAAGAAUGGGACGAUCCGCGCGCGUCCGGGUGGGUCGUGCUCUUUUCUUCCUGUGGCAGACAUGGUCGUGUGGAAGAGUGUACGGCGGUCAAGCCAGGUCACCAGCAGCUUCUGGACUGCUGGAAGCACGAAGGACUGUGAUUCAACACGUGCGCCGUCCUGUGUGCGUGCAUUCACUACCUUCUAUCGGCCGAUCCAGGAGAAGUUGCUUGGGCGCGGGACGGCCUGUGUCAAAGAGUUGCGGGGACGACAUGAGAAGCAGUUUUCUUCGAUCUCCGCCGCACGGAUCAAAAAUGCCAUCCAGCAACAUCACCAGGAGCAAGCCCCCGCUCGAAACCCGGCUACUGUGGGCACUGCACGUGGCACGCAAGUUUUCCCUCCGCUCCAACAAAACCUCGACACCGACGCCAAAUUGAUCCAGAGUUGCUACCGCCUUGUCACGGAACGGGUAGAUCGCCCGAUCGCGGUGAAUCUCAUCCCGCAACUCGACUGCAGCAACUUACUCGGCUUCCCAUCGCCGAGUCUGGCGAGUUUGAUGAAGUUGAAAACGAAGAAGUCACUCACAAAAAACCCCCGAACAACCAGCCCUACUGUGCCCGCCGGCCGCCAGUCGCUCCUCCGUGAGGUCUUACUCCAGAAGGAAGCCGCGAUCUUACACUCCGCUACCUACCAGCAGACCGGAGCGCAUAGUGUCGUUUUCCUGACUCGCGUCGGCGAUUUUUACGAGGCUUGGGGUUUUGACGCGGUGCUCUGUGUGCAGUUUUGCGGGCUGAAUCCUAUGGGCGGCAAGGCGAAGUGCGGCUGUCCGAAGAGUUUGGUGCAGCAGACCUGCGACGCGCUCACCACGCAGGGUUUUUCCGUCGCGAUCUACGAGGAAGUGGCCGGGGACGUGGUGAAACGAAAAAACGCACAACUGAAACAGCGGUUUCUGGCACAGAUCGUCACCGCGGCGCAGCCAACUUAUCGGUAUGGAAUGUCUAUUUGCUCGGCGGGUACGGGGGCAAGUCUGGCGUCUAGCACCACUUCGACUGCUACCGAUAAGGUUGACACCACCCAUUCCCCGAUCCUCGGCGCGGGUCUCGAGUUCAUGACGAAAUCCAGUCUGCAGCCCCGUCCUGUCGUCGCCCUCCGUCGCUCCGUCGAUCGCGGGUUCGACCUCUGCGAGAUUGAUUUGGAAAGCCAAACCUUCCGGCGCCUCCGCGGACUGACGCGGGAAGCGGUCCGCACGCAGCUGGAGCGGCUCCCGGGCGUGGCGCAGUUGGUCUGCUUCCACUGCAGCCCGGCGCAACUGCCCUUUCUGCGGGAGUACACUACGACUGCGCCGGCUUUGGUGUACCGGGUUGGGAUGCUGGGAGGCGGGGCUUUCCCGGGGACGACCGGAGCAGGUGGACAAGAUGUUGGAGCUAGACCCUCUGGUGCAGGAAAUGGUGUUUUUGUGGCAAAUUUCGUCCACCAAGCAUUGCGGAUGCUGCAGGUUAACGACAGUGAAAUUGCAAAUUUUCGUGAGGUCAGCUGCUCAUCAUCAGCCUCAUCCGAUGGGCAUCAAACUCUUCAAAACCACGAAGACCUGCCAGUUCUCCCCCCACUCGGUGUGGGCGUCGCGAGGUUCCUCGGCCUGACAAGCACGAAAAUCGGAGGAGGCGGUCCUCUUCGGGGCAGUUUUGCAAACGGUGAAACAACGUCCAGCCCUUCCUCCCCUAACCUGAUCAGCUGCUUACUGCCCCAAAACAGCCCGGCCUACGCCCACCGCUGGCUGCAGGAGUGGCUGUUGUCACCGCCCGUCUCCAAGCUUCGAACCUGUUUCGCCGAAGCCGUGAAAUACUUUCGGGACACGAACCAGCCGCUGCCUGGGCCGGAGUCCCUCCGGCCGGUGAAGUUUGAUUUCGCCAGCUGCCACAACUUUCACCAGGCCGGCAGCGAGUUCCAGGUGCUGAAAAAGUCGCUGAAAGCGUUUUUGGACGUGGAGAAACGGUUCCGAGGGAAAAUCGUGGAAACCUCUAUUUUCCCCAUUGCCGCCUACCACUCCGGCGUGCCUGCGAGUGUGGACGUUGUCCGGAUUGCGGAAAAAUUAGUGCGGAGGAUCGAGGAGACGGUCGUCGACGAGACGGCGGCGCGUUUUGGAGACGUGAACGCAACCGGGACAAACGCUUUUGAUAGUGCUGUAGGAGAUGAGGAGAUAGACUCAAUAUAUGUUGCCACCGACACUCACGCGACAACGAGGCAACAGCCUGAUUUUCUCAAAGAGCUCCUCGACUUCGCCGCGCACAAAGAGGCCGCACUGAACCAGAGCAACAUCCUUGUGUGCCGCGAAGGCCUACGUGACGCAUUCGACGCUUUCCAGGGGUACGCGGAUUUACAGGUCGGAAAAGGGUUUCGGAUUGUUUUCAGAAAAGCGUUGCCGCCAAAACGGGCGGCGGAGGGGGGAUUUUCGGGAGGUGGCGAUGGUACAGCCGCUGGCUUUUCUCCUUCACCCGCGCACGACUCCGCGAUUGUUUUUCAGGACGCACUCUACCUCGCACCGGUGACGAAAAAAGUUCAAGUUGCCAAAAGUCCUCGUGGUGAUUCGGCUGCAAUUAUUGACGAGGCCGAGAACCAUCAACAUCCAUCAGACCCUUCGUCAUUCUCUUCCCCACAUGAACCAACCAAGUUUUCGAAAAAAUCGUCCACCUCGACUCUCGGCCCCCGCUACCGCCACGGUGGCUACCGGCCGCUUGAUUUGGUCCGACUGGAGCGAGAUUACCUGAGGGAACUCGAAAAUUGCGAACACGCCGCAAAUGCCAAGAUUCGCAAGCUAGCACAGGAAAUCCAAUCCGAGACCGCGGCUGUCGCAUUUAUUUCCCACACUUUGGUAGUUGUUUCUGUCGCAUCACUCCAUGCGGAAGAGAGUUUACGACGCGGCUGGACCUUUGUGGAAGGCGGAUUUGAAGAAGAGAGUAGUAACACUCUGACUAGCAGGAUAGAUGAUAAGCACGACAAGAAUUCCGCCAGCACUGCCUCGCUUGCUGAAGAGACUGAAAAACCUCCCGCAGCUAUCCACCUCCGCCAUCUCUACCCGUAUUGGCUUCAGUCCCCCACAGACACUGCAAAUCCGCAAAACGCGAACACCAUUUCGCUCCAAACUGCGAACUCCGUUGUCGUCCUCACUGCGCCGAACGCAAGUGGAAAAUCCUGUCUGCUCCGUUCCUUCCUCGCCGUCGUUUUGCUCCACCACUGCGGUUUGUUCGCUCCGGUCGCAGCAGAAUCCUUUCUGACAACCCGAAUCUCUUCCCUCCAAGCCUUCCACCCGACGGGCGACUGUCCGGUGGAGAAUCGGUCAGCGUUUGAAAACGAAAUCGCGCAAAUGUCCGAGAUCCUACAGGAGGUUAACGACUACCACUCUAGGACGAAGAAACCAUCUCUCAUCAUGAUCGACGAGUUUGGACGGGGGACCAGCGCCCGGGAAGCGACGGCCUUGGCGGCCGCGAUUUUGGAGUAUUUGAAACCGCCAAACGGGUUCACGUGCACGAUUUUCGCCACGCACUUGCACGAAAUUUACCCAUUGUUGGAGACAGGAAUAACUGCAACGAGUUGCAUGGCGAGAACGAGUGAUGAAGAAGAAAGUGAAGAAGCUGGUGCUGCAAAAAUCGACGCUGUUGGAACAACCAAAGGCGGUGGCGGAUCUGGUGAAAGAGCAACUACAACUGAAGCGAAGAAUGAGCAAGAAAGCGACUACCUCUUCUGGCGCAUGGCCGCGAACUACAAGCUAGAGUCGGGAAAGUGCACGAACAGCGAGGCCCUGCACUGCGCGAAACGCGGGGGAUUGCCGGCGAAGAUUUUGGAACGGGCGGAAGCGCUGUUGCAAAUGGAACAGGAGCACCAAAUGGAAGGAGCUGCUAGCGGUGCGAUUUUUCGUCCUGCUAUUCAAGCUGGAGCAGUUGUGACUGCGGCAGACCCGGUGUCAGACACAACCGAGUUAGAAGACGCUGCACCAAAGAACUUCCCGAUGGCUCAGUCAGAAUCUCACGUAAAACACGACUGCCCUCAUUCGCAAGACAUUAACGCAUUCGAAGAAAACCAGCCUGACCCGGAAACAGCGCAGUUGGACGUGAUUAAACUCCUGAUGCAGCAGUUGGCAAGCACACAGCAGAAGCAACAUCAGACGUCGGGACUGUUUCCUCCUGAUUCAGAUUCAACCUGCAAUUCUUCAAAAAUCGACAUCCUCGAGUUGUCCGAAGCCCACUCCCGUCCGCCAGCCUCCGUGAACGCUAGACCCUGCGUGUACUGCUUCAAACUGCAAGAAUCCGGCAGAUUCUACGUCGGCGAGACGGCGUCGCUGCGCCAGCGGCUGAUGUACCACAAGCGAACGAAAGGCAGCUGGUCGACUUGUCUGUGCGUUGUUGUGAACGACAAAUCCGCGGCGCAAUUUGUCGAGACGGCGUUGAUCCAGGAGCUGUGUCGUCGCGAAUUCCCGAUGCACAGCGCCAAUGACGGGAACCGGAGGGUGGCGAGGGGAGGGGGUCGUCCGGGUGGAGGAUUUGGUGGCGGCGGGGGUUGAUGUGCUACUUCUUUGUAAAACAAAUCGACCUAAGUUGCGCUUCCUAUCAUUAGUAAAUUUUGCACUUCCACCUCUACUAGUAGUUUCAAAGAAAAUAUAACGAGUCUCGUUUUAAGUUUUUGCAUUUUCGUUCUGAUUGGUACGGUAGUACUAGCAGGCGUCUUUUUUUGAAUUCUACCAACAUGAUUUUCUUUUGUACAAUUGACCUCCAGCUCUUGUGGGCGGGACGAAAAUUUCUUGUAGAUAAAGAUAUGUUUUGGACGAUGGUAUCGUCGCGCGAACAUCUUGUCGAGUCACUUUCUUUUUCGUCAGACAAGAACUUCUCUGUACCUGGAUCUAUUCCCAUGUCCUACCUCUGUGAAA